AGGCAACGUGGCGAUGGCUCACCCCCUACCACCAAAGCCACAAGGUCAGCCAGGGACGAAGCUUGCUCGCAACAAACAUAAUUCGAGCAGCAAGCCCGCACCGAAAGUAAACGCACAACGCCAGAACCACCACCAUGAUCGUGAUAGAGCUCGUACAUGGAAGGCAAAGCAUCCGGGGAUAAAAGGUAUCGGAGAUGAGCUCACCAAGGCCCAGUACAAGGAGCUGGACAAAAGAUAUGGCUUCUCGUGAGAGCUUUCCACCGUCCAAAAUGGAUCCGGGAUGCUGGACGGAGAGCGAAGGCACGGCGACCACAGAAUCGCACGAUAUAUCGGUAACGUGGCGCUUUUAUUGACUGUUAAGAUACCCCUGUACUACUAAGUAGCUUGCGUUUAGGAUCAACGGCGCACGAUCGAUGCACUGCGCGAAGCGACUCGUGUCGACAAUCCGCAGUGCCACGUGUGCCUGCCGUUGCUGGAGCGAAAGCGGUU